AUGGCUAACGAUCAACCAGACCGAAACAAUCGUCGUUCAUCUCGAUCUCGUUCUCGUGAUCGUAAAUCGCGUCGUCAUCGUGAUCGUUCACGUGAACGAGAUAAUAAACGUCGACGUUCACCAAAAGAUAACACUCGAAAUAAACAUAGUCGUUCACGUUCGCCGAAAGAACGUCCAAAAAAAGAAAAUAAAACUGAAAAGAACCCAAUUCGAAAAUAUAAAUAUUGGGAUGUACCACCAGCUGGUUUUGAACAUAUUACACCUGUUCAAUAUAAAGCUAUGCAAGCAUCCGGUCAAAUUUCUCAAAUAUUUAGUGGUAAAGAUUGGAGUGCAAAUACUGCUGCAGCAACACCAGUACUCGGUAGUCAUGUUGUUCAUCAGUCACGACGAUUAUACGUUGGAAAUAUUCCAUUUGGCGUUUCAGAAAAUGCAAUGAUGGAAUUUUUUAAUCAACAAAUGCAACUUACUGGUUUGUCGCAAACUGAAGGACAUCCAGUUAUUGCUGUUCAAAUAAAUCUCGAUAAAAAUUUUGCUUUUCUUGAAUUUCGUUCAAUUGAUGAAACAACAGCUGCUAUGGCAUUUGAUGGAAUUGUUUUUCAAGGACAAUCACUUAAAAUUCGUCGACCAAGAGAUUAUCAACCAAUGCCAGGAGGAGGUGAUCAACCGAAUAUGAAUGUACCUGGAGUUAUUUCGACUGUUGUCGCUGAUUCACCAUUUAAAAUAUUUAUUGGUGGUCUACCUAAUUAUUUGACUGAUGAUCAGACUAGGUCAGCGAUGAUGUGUCGAGCAUUUGGUUAA